AUGAGACCGACCACUCGAGUGGAUAGAGCCGCAAUCGCUCAGCAUUUUCUAGGCAAGGACGGCGACUUCUAUUCUUUUUUUGAAGUAUACGAUGAUUUGGCGCAGAACGAGGACGACCUCGUCGUCACAAUCGACCAACAUGAGGGCAUGUCAUACAACAUGAAGCCUCGGCCGCAGACGCACGAGGCCGUGCUCCGAGUCUCCAACAUCCUCAAGGAACGCACGCAGGCGACGAAGGCGGAGAUAACUGAAUGUCUUCAAGAUGACCAUGGUGGCUCAUCCUCGACCACUCAAAAUGUGAUCAACUUGGCUGUCCAAGCCAUGGUCAUGGUCGACGCCGGUGCCAAGGACUGGCAUUCGACUGACUUCGUGCUAGGCGGUUAUCGUCCAACCUCUUGGCUGCCGAAUGAGUCCUUUCAGGCUUUCGUGGAACGGUCUUUCCCCCUUGGCCUCGAAUCCUCGUCUGGGAGUGUUAGGCAGGCAAUCGAACAGAGGGCGUCGAUGAAAGCAUGGAAACUCCAGAAGCGGCUGGGCGUGCGUUUUCGUCGCACGAACAACCUGGCGGAGCACUUGCUGUUUGAUCCGAGGCGCAAUUGCCUCUACCUGUUCCAUCACGUCGCUUUCCUCAAGGCAAACCUGGAACGAUUCCAGCACGAAACGAAGCCGCUAUCAAUUGGACUGAAGGAGAGUCUCAAGCGCGGCGCUCUCCCGCCUCAGCUCCUCGUCGAAACUGUGCAUUCGCUACAGGGCAUACUGUUUCCUUCAGUAGAUCCGAGCUCGGCGGCCAUCCUGGACGAGCUCAUCGCCAAACGGGGAUUCGACCCCCAUUGCGCCCUGUACGAGGGAUACAAGCUCUUCCUCGAGCCGCCGGAAGACUUCGAGUACGUCUUCUGGGGUGAACGACUCGCCCACCUGCAUCAUAUGUUGACGAGCCGGCCGCCGCGAAACAUGCUGGAGCGCUGGUUUCAGCGCCAGAGCUCGGAGGGGAACGCCCUGUUCGUGGCGCUGCUUGCGCUCCUCAUCGGCAUCCUCGUGGGAAUCGUCAGCAUCAUACUUGCGUGCGUUCAGGUUUGGAUUGCCUGGAUGGCGUGGAAGCACCCAGCGGCGCCACCGGGCUCUACAUGA